AUGCCCUUCUCAGCUUUCGAAAUGGCCAAAUAUAACACUUCUGAGUUCACGCGCUACGCCGCUGCCCACGCCAACAUCAACGGCGAAGGUGACGCUCGUCCCACCGCUCUCCAGGUCAUUAAAGACAACGACCUCGAGGGCAGGUUGACCGACAAGACCAUCCUAAUAACAGGAUGUUCCUCGGGUCUUGGCAUCGAAACAGCUCAAGCCCUCAAGGCCACGGGCGCCCACAUCUUCUGCACCGCGCGCUCUCUCUCGAAAGGCCAGAAAGCACUCGCCGAUAUCCUCGAACCAGGUCACGUCGAACUCCUCCACCUUGAUCUUGAAUCUCUAGCUUCCGUCCGCACCUUCGCAGCCGAGUUCCUCAAAGCCAGCAACAACAAACUAAACAUCUUGAUCAACAACGCAGGCGUCAUGGCCAUCCCCGAGUCCACCACCAAAGACGGUUUCGAAACCCAGUUCGGCGUAAACCACCUCGCUCACCACCUCCUCUUCCAGCUCCUCAAACCAGCCCUACUCUCUUCCAGCACGCCCACCUUCGCCUCCCGCGUCAUCGCUCUCUCCUCGAUGGGCCACCGCUACUUUCCCCCCACCCUCACUGACCUGCAGUUGCGAGAACCUGGUGCCUACGACCCAAACCGCGCGUACGCACACUCCAAAACAGCAAACAUCUGGUUAGUAACAUCUCUGAAAAGUUUCGGACCGCAUGUACAACACGUACUGAUGCCGUAA